GGUCAAGUAAUUCGAUGCAUUCCAUCAAUAGCAGAAUUUCUUCCCAACUGGUUUCUCUCAAGACGACUUAUUCCAUCAUUUGAUUGUCUUUCAUUAUAUGUCAACGGCAACGUUUCGAGACAGUUGGAUUUUUUGACUUGUAUUGGAGCACUAUCGGAUCGUUGCGAUUCAUCUUUAUUGAAUAUGCUGAUAGCGACUAUUUCAGUAUGCAAUGUACAACACCACGCUGUAUUACACGCAAAAUCACGUCUGGUGCAACGGAUAUUAACGUGCAAUGCUGCAAGGUUACGUGAUCGUGGUGUUAUUUGUACAUAUCUGUUAAAUCCAUUAACACUUGGACUGGCAUCAAAUGAUCUCAAUAUUGCACAGUUUGAAGAUUUAAUCAAUACUGUGCGGAUUUUAAUUGAUAUCAUAGAAUACCUGAGAAAGAAUGGAUCAAGUACAGAUUGUUGCCAUAGAAGUUCCCUUAUGAAGCCCAGAUGA